AUGUUGGAAAGCCUCUGUGUCGAUUUAAUCAACGAGUUGUUCUUAACAAAAUAUAAAUUUCUCCUGGCGAUGAAACUGAACAGUAUGUUGAGUGCAAAAUGCCAGAGCUGCUCAAAGAACCAAGUGGACAAGGACGACGAUGAUGAUGAUGAUGACGACCACAAGGGGGAGUCCCCUUCGCCUGGAGGAAGUUCUACUCCGGUGCCUCAUGUGCAGGAGAAAUACAACUCCUCCUACGCCAAUUUUUGCAAUUUAAAAAGGAAAGAAAUGAGGAAAAAAAAAAUAAAAAAAAAAAAUUUCAAAAGGUUAAGAAAAAAAUGUGUAAGGGAUUUACAGGAGCACAGUGGAGUGAAUUGUGUGGAAGGAGAAAAGGACCAGGCGCCUACCUGCGAAGCGAUUUGUCUGAUGAGCACCGGCCAGGGGGACGCGCCACACGAUUGUGUAUCACACGACUGUGCGUCGCCGCUACUGCCUCCGCUACUACGUCUGCGCAGUAAACAAAUCGCAGUGGGAAGAAAAACUAUUCUGCUUCACCUAAAGGAAAAGUGCAUUUUAAAAAAAAAAAAAAAAAAAAACUGCAUUUUUACACAAGACGGUAACGGGAGAAAGGUCCCCAUGGCCACUCCCUCACUCGACAAAUCAGGAAAGAAAAAAAAAGUAUAUCUUCAUAUGAGGAUGCUAUAUAACGAAUUAUGCGAAUACAUUUGUAAAGACUUUUACCCAUUUCUGCCACUGUACAAUUUUGAGGAAGAGCCUCUACCUCCAAACAAAAACAGAAUAAAUUUUCUCAUCAGUAAAGAAAAAAUGAAAAAAAUUGCAAGAAGCAGAAAGAAAAUAAAAGGUACAUUACGAGGGGGAUACAACACCAAAGGGCCUGUUGUUCUUUCCUCCAAAAAAUUAUUUACACAUUAUAUGGAAUUUGUAUCGCAGUUUCGAAUGCUGAUUAAACGGGUCAAGCAACGAAACACUGAGGGAGACACAACUCAGGGGGAUGAUGCCAGGUAUACCAUGUUAAAAACCCUUUUGUAUUUAAAAGGGGGUUCUGUUAGUAGCACAACUAGUUGCGCAUCUGGCAGGGUGGCACCCACACACAGAAAGGAUCAUCCCACAGCUUUACGCCUCGUGGACAAGCCAAGCGAAGGACAUCACUACGAGGUGUACAGAGCCAUUUCCACAAUUCGCUUUUUGAGGGAAAGCCUUCAUAUCCUCCGCAUGGACACUGUGUACAUUUUUGUCUUUUUCGCAUCCUACGUGAAUGGCAUCUUGGCGAGGUUGCAGAAGAGGCAAAGUAGAAACAGACUGGCUGACGACACGCCUUCACUUUUGUCUUCCCUUCCUGCGAACACCAGCGCGAGUAGGGAGUCAGGAAAGGGUGUCGCCCGUUUUUAA